GUCCAAGCAAAACUUGAAGGUUCUUACUGUAACAGGUCUGUUUUUGAAGAAAUUUCUAAAGAAAUGUCCGAACGGGGCCAUAGAAGGACCUGGUUGCAGUGCCAGCGCAAAGUGAAAAGCCUGAAGGCUAAAUAUAAAGAGGCUAAAGAUUCAAACCAACGUAGCGGCCGUGGUCGUGCCACUUGCCCGUUUUAUGAAGAGCUGGAACGUAUUUUAGGAGACAAGCCGAGCGUUCAGCCACUGGAACUGCUAGAUAGCUCUGUGGCUGUAACCGAAGACGAGCCUGAAACUCCAGAGAGUGAAACAAGUUCAGCUGGCACAGACGCCGACACAGGAGAGUCACUCCUCUCUACAUCCUGUGUGUCUGGUGACGCCUCAUCACCUCAGCAGAGUACAGAGACCUGUGAGAAGGCCACAGCAGCCACCAAGUCAUCUGAAACUAAAUCUUCCAAGAGCAGAAAAAGAAAGACAAAAAUGGAGACAGCACUUGAAGUCUUUGCUGAAAAGAUUGGGAGCACUUUCAACAAGGAUGACACCGAGCUUCAGUUGAAGAUGCAAGCAGCACAGCAUGCACAUGAAAUCAGAAUGUUCACAUUGUUCAGUCAGUUUAUGGAAAGGUCACAUCACUAUCCACAUCCACCUAAUUACCAGGCACCAGUACAGCCUCCAAAAGCACAACCGCCACCAGUACAGCCUCCUUCAAUGCAGCCAUCACACCUCUACAACCAAAUACAACCACUACCUCAACACUCCCACAGCAGUUUUACUCAGCCCCCUCCAUUCCACAUGGCUUCACCUCAGCCUUUGCCAUUUAGCCAUGAGACACCAAACCACCCCUUUUCCUUCUUGCAAGGGCUAUCACAACCUCUGCCAUUCAACCAGUCUCCUGCACACACUCCAGAUUCUGCUCCACCCUUCAACUCCACCUGUCAGGUUUCAGCACACCCACCAUUCAGCAGACCUUCAGGUGAUGAGGAAAGCUAAAUCAUUCAACAUGUCUUGACAAACAGGGUUCCUUAUUUAUCUGUAUUACUGUUAUGACGUUGUUAUGUCAUGUGUUAAAGGUCCAGGACUGAUUCAGUUUAAGUUUGCAUUUAGAAUUG